GUCACAAAGAGGCGUGAGGGUAAAAACAUGUGCAUGUGUUUUUGAACAUCUUCAGCAGGUGUAGGCUGUAUAUUUUCUAAUAAUCUUUGUAAGUUAUUUUACCGGAUGGCUUUUGUUUCAAAUAGCCAGCGAGGUAAAAGUGGAACCUACGUGUUCUCUAGUCGACCCAGACCCGUUGAGAGCCGAUCCAAGUGCAGUUCUGGGUCUCCCACAGAGCAAUCUCAGUAUGGAAGUAUUAUGUAUGAUCGGCGUGUCAUCAGGGGAGGCAGCCGGUCACAACACGUGUUGCCGGCCAAGUCAGCAAUGCAGGCCGCCGACAUCCAGCAACAGCACAGCUUCAGGGGGAGGUCCGUGGAUCUCAUGCGGUCCAGAGAAGCCUGGUUCAAGUCUGGUGACGCCCUGCCCGGCAGAAAACACGUUGACGUGCAAACCGAGUCCUACCUGGAAGAGCUGAGUCUGAUUUUGGUGACUAAAAACAUCGACUGCCAAACGGAUAGCUUCCUCGAUCGACCCGCAUCUCCGCUCUUCAUCCCCGCCAAGUCCGGCGAUGACGUCGCCACGCAGAUCGAGGUGGGGGAGCUGUUCGACUUCGACCGGGAAGUGCAGCCGUUGUUGGAGGUCCUGGUGGGGAAGACCAUUGAGCAGUCCCUCCUGGAGGUGCUGGAGGAGGAGGAACUGGCCUGCCUGAGGGCCCAGCAGAGGGCCUUCGAGCAGCUGAGGAACGCUGAGCUGGCGGAGCUGCAGCGCCUGCAGGAACAGGAGCGGCGGCGCAACGAAGAGAAGGAGUGCAGGAUCGCCCAGCAGAGGGAGGCAGUGAGGAAGGAAAAAGAAACCGCUGAGAUGAUCGCCGCGCAGGCCUGUGCGCAGCAGUUUUUGGCCAAACUUUUCCCCGCGGUCUUUGCCUCGCUGAGGAGACACGGAUACUUUUACGACCCCGUGGAAAGAGACAUCGAAACCAAUUUCUUCCAGUGGCUGAUGGUGGCGGUAAACGACACUCUGGAGAAAAGGAACUCAGCCAGACUCUUGCUGGACACCAUUAUCCACGAUAUUGCUGUGACCAGCCAGGAUUUCUUUGCGGACCUGGAGCCGAUCAUACUUGACACAUAGACUUGAAAAUGAGAUGCAAGGAACCUGCUUUUUAAAACAACACCAAUUGUCACUCGUGGAAAGGUCAAAUUCCAUUUAACAGCAUGGAUUUUGUAAAAAGUGUACAAUAUGUUUUUGUAAUAUAAUUAUUUUUGUUUAGGAAUGAAUUCUUUUUCAUUACAAAAUAUAUUAGUCAAUCCUCAUAAUCGGUACCAAUCUGCUAAAAAAUUAAUUUAAAUGUUUUUGUUUUUUUAUUUUAAUCUGUCAUUGAAGUACUCAAACUGCGUGUUGUUUCAUUUCAGGAAACUGUAUUUCUUUUUUGUAUGUGGCCCCAUCCAUCCAUCCAUUUUCUACUGCUUGUCCCUUUUUUUGGAUUGUGGGGAGCCCAUCUCAGCUGCAUUCGGGCGGGGUACUGCAGUGUACACCCUGGACAUGUCGCCACCUCAUCGCAGGGCCAACACAGACAGACAGACAGACAGACAACAUUCACACUCACAUUCACACACCAAGGUCAAUUUAGUGUUGUCAAUCAACCUAUCCCCAGGUGCAUGUUUUUGGAGGUGGGAGGAAGCAUGAAUACCCGGAGGGAACCCACGCAGUCACGGGGAGAACAUGCAGGCUCAUAAUCCGAAAAUAACUCAUCCAUCCAACCCUUUUUUCCCCGCUUAUCCGAGGUCAGGUCGCGGGGGCAGCAGCCUAAGCAGAGAAGCCCAGAGUUUCCUCUCCCCAGCCACUUCGUCCAGCUUCUAAGAACCAGGGGAUCCUGAGGCGUUCCCCGGCCAGCCGGGAGACAUAGUGAAGUGAAGUGAAUUAUAUUUAUAUAGCGCUUUUUCUCUAGUGACUCAAAGCGCUUUACAUAGUGAAACCCAAUAUCUAAUUUUUUUAUUUUUUUUUACAUUUAAACCAGUGUGGGUGGCACUGGGAGCAGGUGGGUAAAGUGUCUUGCCCAAGGACACAAUGGCAGUGACUAGGAUGGUGGAAGCGGGAAUUGAACCUGGAACCCUCAAGUUGCUGGCCCGUCCGCUCUACCAACCGAGCUAUACCACCCCCAUAGUCUUCCCCGGUCGGACGUGCCCUAAAAACCUCCUUAGGGAGGCGUUCGGGUGGCAUCCUGGCUACUCUCCAUGUGGAGGAGCAGCGGCUUUACUUUGAGCUCCUCCCGGAUGGCGGAGCUUCUCACCUUAUCUCCAAGGGAACCCGACGGAGGAAACUCAUUUCGGCCGCUUGUACUCGUGAUCUUGUCCUUUUGAUGAAAUCCAAAGCUCAUGACCAUAGGUGAGGAUGGGAACGUAGAUCAACAGGUAAAUUGAGAGCUUUGCCUUCCGACUCAGCUCCUUCUUCACCACAACGGAUCGAUACAGCGUCCGCAUUACUGAAGACGCCGCACCGAUCCGCAUGUCGAUCUCACGAUCCAUUCUUCUCUCACUCGUGAACAAGACUCCGAGGUACUUGAAAUCCUCCGAAAAUAACUCAUCAGAGUAAAAAUAAAAGUUUUCGCAUAUAGUAAAUGUGGUUGAUUGGAAGUAGCGCACAUGUGUUUGUAUUUGGUCACAUAAUCCCUUAAUAGCAUUGUUCUACUAAGGUCAAAGUGCACAUGUCCAUCCGCGGUGCUGCAGGGAUUUCCCAGGAAAGUAACAUCUGGUAGAAGGUCCACACAUAGGGACAGGUAUAGGGGUCGGAGGUCACCGUACCCAAAUUGAUCACAGGGGAUAGGAUGACUAGUCAAGUAAAUAAACUGGGUGGUAUGGAGGCUGUCCGGCAUCAAGAUUAGACCCACUGGGUGUACAACAAAUGGUAUUUAAAUACAGUGUUCUGACAGGAAAGCAGAAUGAAGAGAUUUAAAACACUUCUUCUCCUAGAGCUGCAGCUCUAGUCAGAGGCUCGCUGAAACAA